AUGGAGAAUGAAGUGGAUCCUCCGCAGGUGAUUGGAUACGCCCUUGGACAGGCCACUCUAGAAUCCUCCGCGCGAUGCACACUGGGUUUUCGACUUUUCAAAGAGUUGCGUGCUCGACUUCCCAUUGCAUCUGGUCAAGGUUUGGAAUGUGGCAUGACAACUGCAGUGCAUGAAGAAACACAAUCUCUUAUUGAUGGGGGAAUUUUGAAAGAACUGCAGCAUGAAGCUAAUUCUGGUUUUAGAGAUAUGUCCAAAAGUCAGUGUGAAGAAGCCGGAGACAUUCCCAGCCAAACUAAGAGUUCGCAUUCUGAUCGCCCUUUUACAUUAAUGAAGUUUUUGAAUCUCCUGAUUACGCGAUUGAAUCUCCUAGAUUCUUCUGAUGAAUCCACAUGCAUCCCCCCUGCACAACCUUGCAUUGACUUAUGUCAGAUUGUUCUGACAGUGUGCCGUAUGCAAUUGAAUUUUAUGGAAUCCUCACAUUAUGGUUUGGGUUCGUCUCCUAAUGAUGCUGCAUUUGAUUCGUCUGUUCUUGUGCGCCGUGAUUGGAUUGGACUACUUUACAUGGUGAUCGAUUCUUUUUCCCAGGGUUUAUGCUUUUUUAAUUGUUUUCUCACAAGUCUUAACCAACGUGUACUAAACGGAGCUUGGCACCGCACGGGCAGUCUAGAAGACCGUGCCAAAAUUCACGGGGACACUCUUAUUUCGGAUCUGGAUAAUGGGUUUGAUUGUGGAUCUUACCUAUCUAGUCUCAUGAACAAUGUGUUGACCUGUAUGCGUGAGUUACUUCUCGAGGGAAAGGUUCCCCUCAAAAUGAUUCGAUCUGCCAUUUUGGAUACACUAAUGAUCGCCAGUGAGUUAGCUGCAGUAAGUAACAUAACCUAUCCGACAUGGCCUGCGGAAACAUAUGAACUACCCGUUACCGAGUCAGGAUCAACAGAAUCAGAUGGGGACGAAGUGUAUGAAUGCUACCAGAAGUUUCUUUUGGAGACGCAUCAGGUGCCACCAUCGUAG